GCUGCAGCAGCAGAAGCAGCUGCUGCUUCUAUAUCAAAUGAAACGGAAUCGACUAAAGGAACGGAAACGGAGAUGAGAUCGGGUACGGUAUCACCGGCCGCAGUGUCGAAGAUCAAGCCACCCAGUCGAUCCAAUAUACCCACACCCGCCUCUUCCGUCACCGGCAUACCCACAAAAAUUAGGCCGCCCGCCCACUACGGCUCAACUAAUUCCGUAUCGAAAAUCGGUAGACUCUGUUGCACACACACCACACCAAAGGCCGGACCUCCACCUAGAGACACAUACAGCAUGAGUCGUGAAAGCGAUGACAAUUUGAGUUCGAUCAAUUCAGCGUACACAGAUCACAACAGCACCGUGCUGACAGCCAACACAGAGCAGUUCAUAAUUGGCCAACGUGUGUGGGUGGGCGGAUUGCGGCCCGGCCAGAUAGCCUACAUAGGCGAGACACACUUUGCGCCCGGCGACUGGGCAGGCAUUGUGCUCGAUGAACCGAACGGCAAAAAUGAUGGCUGUGUCUCGGGCAAGCGUUACUUCCAGUGCGAGCCGAAGCGCGGCAUCUUCUCGCGCCUCACACGUCUCACCACAUAUCCGCUGUCGGGCGCAGUGACGCCCACCUCGCCGCUGUCGAAGCAAUCGCCGGACCGCUCGCGCACAGUUUCGCCAACCGCCAGUCUGCGUAGCUCCAUGCUGCGCAGUCCGGGCACGGGCAAGAAUGGUCUGACAGUGGGCGACCGUGUGAUUGUCUCAUCGGGCUUCGGCAGUCGUCCGGGCAUCUUGCGCUACCUGGGCGAGACACAGUUUGCUCCUGGCAACUGGUGUGGCGUCGAGCUGGACGAAGGCAGCGGCAAAAACGACGGCGCUGUCGACGGCAUAAGAUAUUUUGAGUGCAAACCGAAGUUUGGAAUCUUUGUGCCGAUUGCCAAGGUUUCGCUAUCGCCAUCGUCGAAGAAGUCGCGUCUCUCGCGCGCCGGCUCGCGCGAAUCUCUCACCUCGAUUGGCACCAUGAACAGCAUAGCCACGACGAACACGUCGCGCAUACGCAUGAAUGCACAGCGCAAGUCGAGCACGCCCAUUCGGUCUAAUGUAACGCCGCCGAAAAAUCAGUUUUCCAUGCAGGAUCUGCUGCGCGAGAAGCAACACCAUGUGGAGCAGCUGAUGGUGGAGCGUGAUCUGGACCGGGAGGAUGCACAGAAUCAGGCGCUGCAAAUGCAAAAGAACAUCAAUGAGCUCAAGUUACGGAUUUCACAAUUGGAGUCGCAAUUGAGCGACGAACGUAAGAAAUCGGAGGAAUUGCAAUUCACCAUAGAUGAGGCACAAUUCUGUGGCGAUGAAAUGAAUGCUCAAUCUCAGGUGUAUAAGGAAAAGAUACAGGAUUUGGAGAAGAAAAUCACAAAACUAGUUUCAGCCACGCCCAGUUUACAGAGCACACCUCCCGUGGAGGAGAGCGCUGCCUUGGCCAAUGCCCAGUCGCUGAUUGCAGAGCUGCAGGAGAAGCUAAGCCAACAGGAGAAGCUGAACGAGGCUCGGCACAGCGAAUCCCUGGAGGAGCAGCAACGUUUGCUCGAGAAUAUCAACUAUCUGCAGAGGCAGAACGAGACCCUGCAGACAGAGCUGAUGGCCAAGGAUGAGAGUCUGGAGAAGUUCUCACUGUCUGAGUGCGGCAUCGAGAAUCUGCGCCGCGAACUGGCGCUGCUCAAGGAAGAGAACGAAAAGCAGGCGCAACAGGCCAAAGAGAUCUUCGAGCAGAGGCUAGCCGAGAAGGCGGAGCAAGUGAGGCAGCUCACCAAGGAGCUGCACGAAAUCAAAAGCUCCUCCGACACGCUGGAGAGCGAGCGAGCGCACGUUACCGAUGAGCUCGAGAUUCUGCAAACGGAGAUUCGCAUGAGAGACGAGCAGAUCAAGGAGCUAAACCAGCAGCUAGACGAAAUCAGUACACAACUGAACGUGCAGAAGGCAGACAGCAGUGCGCUGGAUGAGAUGCUGACGGAGCAGCAGACGCAAAACGUGGACAGCAAAACGCUGCUGGAAGAGCUGCAGGCGGCGAAUGCAGCCCUGGCCAAAGAGAAGCUGGAACUGCAGCAGCAGCUGAACGGCUUGCAGGAGCAACUGCGAGCGAGUGGCGACAGCAACGCUGUGCUACAGAAGCAGCAGAAGGAGAAUGCGCAGCUAAAGGAGGCGAAGGCAGCGCUAGAACAGCAGCUGCAACAGGAAUCGGAGCUAGCGAAGGCGAGCAGAGCAGAGGCCGCUGCGAAGGACUUGCAGCUGAAACAACUGCAACAGCAGCUGGAGGAGCAAACCAAGAUACAUGCGCAGCUGGUGGAGAGCCAGGAGCAGCUCAAGCGGGAAAGAGCUGCAGAGCAGAGUCAAGCGAGUGAGAGAGCAGCAGACUUGGAAGCCGCACUGAAUGCCAAGCAAAGCCAACUGGAGCAGCUGCAGCAGCAGCUGAUGGAGCAAACCCAGCUGUAUGCACAGCUAGUCAAGAGCCAAGAGGAGCUGCAGCAGAAGCACGCUGCAGAGUUGGGUCAGGCUAGUGGCAGGGCAGCCGACUUGGAAGCCACUCUGAAAGCAACGCAAACCCAAUUGGAGCAACUGCAGCUGGAGGCCACAAAGAGCGGAGAGCAGGGUGCUCAACAACUGGUCAAGCUUCAGGCAGAGCUCGCUCAGCUGCACGCCAAAGAGAGUGAAGCUCAGGCCGCCUUAAGUGCUCGUCUUGCGGAGCUGGAGACGGCGAAGCAGCAAGAGCAGACGCUGCAGGCAGCACUGGCAAAGACGAAGGAAGAACUUGCAACAGCCCAAAUGCAGAGCAUCCAAACUGAGACGCAGCUGAGAGCCAGCGCUGAGCUGGAAAUAAGCGACUUUAAGCGCCAAAAUGCAGCUCUGCUAGCCAAAUGUGAGAGCCAGCAGCAGCAGCAGGAGAAGGUGCAGUCGGAGCUAAUGGAUGCACGCACGAGCACCACGCAGCUGCAAGAGACCCUGAAGCAGCUCCAUGGAGAGCUACAAGGCAAGCAGCAGAGCUAUGCAGCGCUGGAGAGCGUCAGCAGCACUCAGCGCUUGGAGCUGGCGAGCGACAACGAGCUGCUGCAGCAAACGAACGCGAGGCUGGAACGGGAGCUCAAAGAGCUGCAUCAGAGUCUAGAGAAGAGCAAGUCCGAGUCGGAGCAGCGGCAGGCGCAACUGGUGGAGCACGCGCAGCUAGUCAUACAAAAGGAUCUCGCUCUGGGCGAUGCCGGCAGGCAGCGAGAGCAGCUUGAGGCGCGCUGCCAGUCGCUGCAGCAGCAGCAAGAAACGUUGCAGCAGCAGCUCAACAGUCUGCGCAGCAGCUCGACGGACUCAAACGCGGAGUUGUUGAAGCUCUCGCAACAGCUGCUGGAGCAACAGCAAACCAACGAGCAGCUCAGCACAAAGAGCAGCGAGGAGCGUGGCGCACUCGAGCGCCAAUUGCAAGCGAGUCAGCAGCGCCUCGAUGCGCUCUGUGGACAGGUAGAGCUGCUCACCAAGGAGCUCGCCAGCAGCACGGAGCAGACAGCCCAGCUGCAGGGCAAGCUCAAGACCGAGGCGGAGCUGGGUGCCAAGCUGGCGUUGGAGCUAAGCGACGGCCAGCGCAAGCUGGAAGCGGCAACAGGCAAGUGCGAGCAGCUGGAGCAGCAGCAGGAGAAGCUGCAGCAGGAAUUGAACAACGAGCGGGCUGAGAGUAGUGAACUGAACUCCAAGUUAAAGCAGCUUGCGGAGCAGCUGAACGAGGCACAUAAGAAACUAAGCUUGCAGAAGGAUGAAAGCAGUGAGAAGUGCCUACAACUGGAGCGGGAGCUCCAACUGAGCCGGGCGACCAUGAGCGAGUCCCAGACCAACGAAGCAGCAGUCAGACAGCAACUCAGAGCUGAGCUUGAGCAACGAGACCAGCAAUUGAAGCAGCUGCAGGAGCAGCUAAGCGGAACCCAGGCAGCCAACGAAGUGGCUCUCAAGGAGCUGCAAGAGAGGUUGGAGAUAACCAACACUGAGCUCAGACACAAAGAGCAGCUGGCCAGCGAAGACGCCCAGAAGAUAGCGGAUCUGAAGACCCUGGUGGAGGCCAUACAGGUGGCCAAUGCCAAUAUAUCGGCGACCAAUGCAGAGCUCUCCACUGUGCUGGAGGUGCUCCAAGCGGAGAAGAGCGAGACGGCGCACAUCUUCGAGCUCUUCGAGAUGGAGUCGGACAUGAAUGCAGAGCGGCUGAUCGAGAAGCUGCAGGGCAUGAAGCAGGAGCUACAGGACACGCACAGCCAGCUGGAAGCCCAACAGAGCAACAACAAGGAACUGGAAACCAAGCUGAUCGAGCUGCAAAAGAGCGAGCAGAGCUUACAGGGCACAGCCAUUGAAGCCGCUGAAGAACUGCGUCAGCGGCAACAGGCCAACGGGGAACUAGAGGAGGCACUGAAGCAGAGUCAGGCCCAGCUUGCCGAGACGCAACAGCAGCUAGAGAGCAGCCAAAGCCAAUUUAAGGCACUUCAAGAGCAACUGCAGCAACUCCAGCAGAGCGAGAAGCAGCUCCAGGCGAAAGAGUCGAAAUUGAACGAGCAACUGCAGCAAAUGCAGGAGAUCAGCGCAGAGCAGCAGCAGGUGCUGCUGCAGAAGGAACAGCUGCUGCAGAAAGGCAACGAAUUGGACGCCCAACUCUUGGAAUACCAGAAGGUAAUUGAUGAAAUGGAUGAGGCCUCGAAGGAAAAGUCUGCAAAGCUGCAGCACCUGGAGAAGCGCAUCAAGGAGCUGGAACUGGCCCUGCACCAAGCUAAGGAAUCAGAGCAGCAGACGCACCUGGAGUGCCAACAGCUGACGCGGAAAUUGCACUCUCUGGAGCUUGAGGAGGCACGCGAAAUCAUGGCAAUGCGUGCUCAAGCCAAUGGAUCCACCACCAGCUCCAGCAACCCAGGUGCUGAGGUAAGUCUUUGGCUGGAUACAGAAACCAGCCUGGCCAAAAUCAACUUCCUGAACUCAAUCAUAGCUGAUAUGCAGCAGAAGAACGAUGCGUUGAAGGCCAAGGUGCAGACGCUGGAGACUCUGCCCAUAGACUUUACCAAACCCCACGCCUUCGAGAUGUUGAGCAAACGAAAGCCCGCUCCGCGUUUGUUCUGUGAUAUCUGUGAUGAGUUUGAUAAGCACGAAACGGAGGACUGUCCGCUCCAAGCUGGCGAUGAGCGCGACUACUCGCCGCCUCCUGCCGAGGCCAACAACAACGAGAAGAAGGAGCGAAAGCUGCCAGCUCCACGCAAAUACUGCGACUCCUGUGAAGUUUUUGGACAUGAUACGAGCGAGUGCGCCGACGAUGAGACCUAUUAGAACACUAAGCUAAACUAAGUUAAUUUUGUUGGUUGUUGAAACACACGCAAACGUAUUUUUAUAAUCUUAUAAUCCGCGAACCUUAAAGCCUAUUUACAACAUUUUAUACCUCUUCGGAUGCUGUUUUCAUGUUUUGCACGAAAAAUUCUAAUUAAAAUUUGAUUGUGUUUACUUGUUUUGUGUAUAGGAAAUUUAAUAUUUUGAAUCUGUUUUUAAUGCUUAUUUAUUUAUACAAAUAGUGAAAAUUUACUUCUAUUGUAUCGCAAGUGUUUUGUAAUAAUAAAUGAGUAAACUAAAACUA